AAGCUCAUCGUCUCCACUCUCCACACAUCAUCGCCUUCGCUUCUCCUCUCUCCGCCCCACACUGUCGGAAGUCGGAAGCAAAGCGGCGGCACCGCGCGAGAGAGGCAUGGCGACGACCGCGACCCUCCCCUUCUCCUGCUCCUCCACCCUCCAAACCCUAACCCGCACCAUCCCCCUCCGCCUCCGCCUCCACCGCCGCCGCUUCCUCCACCACCUCCCCUCCCUCGCUGCCCUCCCGAGGCUCCCGCUCCCGCGACCUCCCCUCCUCCCCCACGCGCGCCGCCACGUCUCGGCGUCCGCGGCGCCCAACGGCGCGUCCUCCGAGGGGGAGUACGACUACGACCUCUUCACCAUCGGCGCCGGGAGCGGCGGGGUCCGGGCCUCGCGCUUCGCCUCCACGCUCUACGGCGCCCGCGCCGCCGUCUGCGAGAUGCCCUUCGCCACCGUCGCCUCGGACGACCUCGGUGGAGUCGGCGGCACAUGUGUGCUUCGUGGGUGUGUUCCAAAGAAAUUAUUAGUGUAUGGAUCCAAGUACUCUCAUGAGUUUGAAGAGUCUCAUGGCUUUGGGUGGGUGUAUGAAACUGAUCCAAAGCAUGACUGGAACACUCUGAUUGCCAACAAAAAUACAGAGCUGCAGCGCCUUGUUGGCAUUUACAAGAAUAUUUUAAACAACUCAGGAGUUACUCUAAUUGAAGGCCGUGGAAAGAUAGUUGAUCCACAUACUGUAAGUGUAGAUGGAAAGCUCUACACUGCUAGGAACAUACUUAUAGCUGUUGGUGGGCGACCAUCGAUGCCAAAUAUCCCAGGAAUAGAGCAUGUUAUAGAUUCUGAUGCUGCACUGGAUCUACCUUCAAAACCUGAGAAAAUUGCAAUAGUGGGAGGUGGAUAUAUUGCUCUGGAGUUUGCUGGAAUUUUCAAUGGCUUAAAAAGUGAGGUACAUGUGUUUAUUCGGCAGAAGAAAGUUUUAAGAGGGUUUGAUGAAGAGGUCAGAGAUUUCAUCGCUGAACAGAUGUCUCUAAGGGGCAUCACAUUUCAUACUGAACAGAGUCCUCAAGCUAUAACCAAAUCAAAUGAUGGUUUGCUAUCUCUGAAGACAAACAAAGAAACUAUUGGUGGGUUCUCACAUGUUAUGUUCGCAACAGGUCGUAAACCAAACACAAAGAACCUUGGACUAGAGGAGGUUGGGGUGAAAUUGGACAAGAACGGAGCAAUAAUGGUUGAUGAGUAUUCUCGAACCUCAGUUGAUUCAAUUUGGGCAGUGGGAGAUGUUACUGAUAGGGUCAACCUGACACCAGUUGCACUUAUGGAAGGUGGUGCAUUUGCAAAAACAGUGUUUGGUGAUGAACCUACCAAACCAGAUUACAGAGCUGUACCAUCUGCCGUUUUCUCCCAACCACCCAUCGGACAAGUUGGUCUUACUGAAGAGCAGGCUAUUGAGGAGUAUGGAGAUGUUGAUAUCUAUACAGCAAACUUCAGGCCACUUAGGGCAACUCUCUCUGGAUUACCUGAUCGCAUUUUCAUGAAACUCAUUGUGUGUGCUACAACAAACAAAGUUGUAGGAGUACACAUGUGUGGUGAAGACGCACCUGAGAUAAUUCAGGGAGUUGCAAUUGCUGUUAAAGCUGGGCUGACAAAGCAAGAUUUUGAUGCCACUAUUGGCAUUCACCCAACAUCUGCAGAGGAAUUUGUCACAAUGAGAAAUGCAACUAGAAAAGUUCGGAGAAGCACAACAGAUGAGGUAGAAUCUAAAGAUAAGGUUGUUACUCAGAACUAGUACAGAUAGGAGCUUAUGUUGCAGGCAUUCUCAGAGGGACUUCUCUACUUCCGAGCAGCUGAUUUACACUGGGCGGACAAUUUUUUUUUGUAGCGGUAUCCACGGAAAGGAAACCCAUGACAGGAAGCCAGCAAACUUGUAUCAUAGCGCUGACUGGCAUUCUCUGAUCCCCUUUUUGCAUCUAUUGUAGCUUGAACACGGUGAUACACUAUUAGCUGCUGUUUUCCUUCUCUUGGUUGAAAUAAGUGCUGCACCAUGUGAGUACCACAGCCUGGAAAUUUUGUAAGAAAAAAAAGAAAUAUUAUUUUGGUAGUACAACUCAGCCUAAUCUGAAUUUUACAUCAUAUCUGUGCUAGCAUUUCCUAAUAUGUUGAAAUUUUGCAGCAAAA